AUGGGAAGAGAAGAGCAAGAGAAUCAUACCUACUUUGCUGGAUUCAUCCUUCUGGGUCUGUCCUCCUCUCCAGAGUUCCAGGGACUUCUCUUCCCCAUCUUCCUCUCAAUGUACUUGCUUAGCCUGCUGGGAAAUUUCUUGAUCUUCUUGCUAAUCUUCUCCAACAGCAGCCUCUACUAUGCCCCCAUGUACUUUUUCCUCAGCCACCUGUCUUUGGCUGACUUGGGAUUCACCUCCACCACGGUGCCCAAGAUGCUACAUAUCUUGGUAUCCCAGACCAACACCAUCUCCCAUAAUGGAUGUCUCACUCAGAUGUAUUUCUUUGUGGUCUUCUGCACAACGGAUAACUUCCUCUUGGCCUCCAUGGCAUUCGACCGCUAUGUAGCCAUCUGCCACCCACUCCGUUAUACCACUGUUAUGAGCUACAAGCGUUGCCUGCUGCUGGCUGCUGGGUCAUGGCUCUUGGCUCAUGUCCACUCUCUUUUGUAUGUCCUUUUAGUGUCUGAUUUUUCUUUCUGUGCCUCUCGAGAAAUCCCUCAUUUCUUCUGUGACCUCCAUCCUUUGCUCAGGCUCUCCUGUUCAGACACAUCCUCUGUUGAAAUGAUGCUUGUAAGUGAAGGCACUACAGCGCUUCUUGGACCCCUGGUACUUAUCCUUCUUUCCUAUCUGUUCAUUGUAUUGAAGGUUUUGGGGGUCCCAUCAGCUUCUGGAAAGUACAAGGCCUUCUCCACUUGUAGUGCCCACCUCACCACAGUGGCCUUGUUCUAUGGGACUCUGAUAGGCACCUACAUCCGCCCAUCGUCCACCUAUUCUGGUUCUAGGCUGAGAGUGGCAUCAAUAUUCUACACAGUUGUCACUCCCAUGCUUAACCCCUUCAUAUACAGCCUAAGGAACAGUGAGAUUCAUGGGGCCAUGAGGAAGUUACUUCAGAAGAGAAGAUUAUUGAGGGAACAGAGAUUUUUUUCAUAA